AUGGAGGUCGUGCAACAGUGGAUGACGAAUGCACAGAAUGCAGUCGAUGUAGGAUCUGAAAGACGAGGUGGAUCACAAGUCGGAAAACGUCCAAAUAUUGAUCGGCAAGCACAUGAUGGUGCCCAGAGACUAUUCGCUGAUUACUUUUCAGAAGCUCCUGUGUACACAGAUAAGCAUUUUCGUCGCCGGUUUCGCAUGAACAGGAGUUUAUUUGUAACUGUAGCUACGGCAGUUGAAGAAAAGAAUGAGUAUUUCGUCCAAAAACCUGAUGCGACAGCUUUUGACAUUGCUCGACUGUUGCGAAUCGGAGAGGAACGAGGCUUUCCUGGCAUGUUGGGUUCGGUGGACUGUUGCCAUUGGGAGUGGAAGAACUGUCCAACUGCUUGGGCAGGGCAGUAUAAAGGGAAAGAAAAAAAGCCAACUAUAAUUCUUGAAAUAGUUGCCUCUUAUGAUCUCUGGAUAUGGCACGCUUUUUUCGGAAUGCCGGGGUCAAAUAACGACAUAAAUGUCAUGGAAAGAUCUCCGAUUUUCGGCAGCCUUUACAGCAAUAGACUUCCUCCUGUAGAGUUUGUAGUGAAUGGGCGUUCAUACCACACAGGAUACUAUCUUGCCGACGGCAUUUAUCCUGCUCUUGCCACACUUGUACAAUCCAUUGCAUCGCCAGUAGGUCAGAAGAAAAAGCACUCCGCAGCAAUGCAGGAAUCAACACGGAAGGAUGUGGAACGCGCAUUCGGAGUCUUGAUGUCUCAGUUUGGCAUAAUUUAUAAUCCUGCUAGGCUCUGGAAUAAAGAAGAUUUAGCUUCAAUCAUACGCACCUGUAUCAUCCUUCAUAACAUGGUUAUUGAAGACGAACGAGAUCAUCUAUUUGAGAGGCAUGAAAAUGAAAACUCCAUUGUUCCAGAGAGAUCUGAAGCAGUAUAUGCAGAAUUUUUAACACGCUUUGAAUACGUACACAAUUUCAAUAUUCACUACCAGCUUCAAAAUGAUUUGAUUGAGCAUUUGUGGAGCAAGAAGGGAGAAGAGCAAUAA